AUGCUUCCCCCGGGAGAAGACGAGGUUACACCAGCUACUGCACCCGAAAUCACCGUCGCGAAUAUCGAAGAUACGAGUGGCGUUGAGCCAAACGAUGCCACGAAAGACAAUGAGACACCAGUUUUGAUAGAAGACCCACCAUCUGACGCCGACGAAGAAACACGGCUCAAGUACCUCACGACUGGUACUCGAGCGCAAGAUGAUUUGGAACGAGACAUCGGUCGCCAGGCGGACCAGCUGCUCACCGAGCAAGCUGAUGCACGAGAUAGAAAGCGCAUGGAGAAGGCAGAGUUAGAGGCAAAGCGCGCCGAGGCAGCCAUACAAAAGCUACGCAAUCGGUUGGCGUUGCCCGCUCUCACGACGCAGAAGGCGAAGCUCCGCGGCGAGAUUGCAGCAUAUCAAAUGAAGAUCGAAGACUUGGAUUCGGAUAUGGACGCGAUACAGCAGCGCAUCAACGAACGGCAUCAGGUGCCUGGAGAGAAGCAGACCACCGAGGACGGCGUCAGCGGACCGUUACCACAUGAGAGUCAGCGCGACUACCUUAUACGAACGGGCAAAAUCACACCCUUCUCAAAGUUGGCGCAAAACCAGCCUGGAGCAGGAACACUGGGAGAAGUUAUGCUGGAUGCUGAGGUCGAGGAUAUGGUAGAGGAGGCUGCCAAGGGCCCAGUGUCGCAUCGCAAUCUCAUGAAGCCCGGCUUUCAAGAUGUAGAGUCCAGCUCAGAGGCUCCUAGCCCACAGUCGACACCGCGAUCAAGCAAGCGGCGGAAGACAACUCGGCUCAGUGAUACACUAGGGUCACGCGAGUCAAGCAUUGCCCAUGGAACUACCGACGCCGAAUCCGACGACGCUUUCGAGCCCGGCCUGACCGAUCGUCAGCUUGCGAUAUUAGACGAGUCUGAGGGACAGUCGGAUGAUGUUACUCAAGAUGAUUCGUAUGCAGAAGAGGCUACUAGUCGCAAACGUAAAGUUGGUGGCAAGAAGGCAAGGAAAGCAAGGACUGCUCCGAGAGAGGAACCGGUAGAGGAGGACCUUGCAGGUGUAGACGAUGGCAAUGAGCGGGUAUAUAGGAAACGAAUGGAGAACUGGACGAAGAACCGUGCUACCGCGAGGAAGAAGGCAAAAGAGAAGGACGGUGAGGCCAUUGCUGAGGACGAGGACGAAGAAGACGAAUGCUUCCUACCUCACCCUACUGAGGCUGAUACCGAGUUCGAUGGCGGUUUUCGGAUUCCAGGCGAUAUCUAUCCGGCGUUGUUUGACUACCAAAAGACUGGCGUGCAAUGGCUCUGGGAGCUGUACUCGCAGAAUGUUGGUGGUAUCAUUGGCGACGAGAUGGGCCUGGGCAAGACGAUCCAGGCCAUCUCCUUCGUUGCUGGUCUACACUACUCGAAGCUACUCACGAAGCCUGUCAUUGUGGUAUGUCCGGCUACCGUCAUGAAGCAGUGGGUCAACGAGUUCCACCGCUGGUGGCCUGCUCUACGGGUUUCAAUCUUGCACACUUCUGGCAGUGGUAUGUUAGAUACUCGACGAGAAGACCGUCUAGAACGAGAGAUGGAACUGCGGAGCUAUGGUGACUACGAUACGACUUUGACUGGCGCUGGAAAAGCCGCCAAGAAGAUUCUCGAGAAGGUCAAGCGAGAUGGUCAUGUUCUUGUCACCACGUACUCUGGUCUUCAAACUUACUCUGAGUUUUUGAUACCGACUGAGUGGGAGUGCGCCAUUUUAGAUGAAGGUCAUAAAAUUCGGAAUCCUAACACGUCAAUCACGAUUCAUUGCAAGGAGCUGCGGACGCCGAAUCGCAUCAUUCUUUCAGGCACACCAAUGCAGAACAAUCUAACCGAGUUAUGGUCGUUGUUCGACUUCGUCUUUCCGAUGCGCCUCGGGACACUCGUCAGCUUCAGGAAUCAAUUUGAGUUUCCCAUCAAACGUGGUGGCUACGCGAAUGCAUCAAACCUAGAGUUUGAGACGGCAGUACGAUGCGCAGAGACUCUCAAGGAUGCAGUCAGCCCCUACCUACUUCAGCGUUUCAAAGCCGACGUAGCAACCGACCUACCGCAAAAGAAGGAGCAGGUGCUGUUCUGCAAGUUGACGCGUCAGCAGCGCAUGGCAUACGAGGGCUUUUUGGCAUCAGAGGAUAUGAAAUCAAUUUCGAAUGGCAAGCGCCAGAUGUUAUUUGGUGUAGAUUAUCUGCGUAAAGUGUGCAAUCAUCCGGAUCUAACGGAGCACAAGACACUUUCGAAGAAGCCCGGAUACGACUACGGUGCUCCAAACAAAUCUGGCAAGAUGCAGGUUGUGAAAGAGCUGCUCUCGCUUUGGAAGAAGGGUGGACACAAGACACUGCUCUUCGCUCAACACCGGAUCAUGCUUGAUAUUCUACAAAGGUUUCUCAACCAACUACCUGAUAUCAAUUGGCGCCGUAUGGAUGGGGAGACGCCUAUCAAGGACCGCCAGGAUCUCGUAGAUGAAUUUAACAACAACCCCAAUUUGGACGUCUUCCUCCUCACGACGAAGGUCGGAGGUUUGGGCGUCAACCUGACGGGCGCUAACCGUGUCAUCAUUUACGACCCAGACUGGAAUCCUUCAACCGACAUUCAAGCGCGAGAGCGUUCGUGGCGUCUCGGACAGAAACGAGAGGUUGAGAUAUACCGUCUGAUGUCUGCAGGUACUAUUGAAGAGAAGAUAUACCAUCGGCAGAUCUUCAAGCAGUUCCUUACGAAUAAGGUGUUGAAGGAUCCGAAACAGCGUCAAACAUUUCAGAUGAGCGAUUUACACGAUUUGUUUACACUAGGUGGCGAGAGUCUGGAUGGCGAAACAGAAACUGGAAGUAUGUUCCGCGGGAGUGAAGUCACAUUUGAGGAGAAUGGGGAGACGGCAGCACCGGAUGCUACAGCAGCCGGAGACCUCGCCGCCGUAAAGGGCAUUUCGAGAUCCGAGGCUUUCAAAGCUCCAAUCCCUGACGGUGAAGAUACCAGUGCCACUACCAAUGGACCAGAUGGCUCAGCCAACACUGCUGAGAAGGAAGCGCCAACAGACUCUCGCCUAAUGUCCACGAUUUUCGCCAGAACAGGCGUCCACUCGGUCCUCGAACACGAAGCUAUCGUAAACUCCACAGCGGGGGGUCGCAGGCGCAAGGUACAAGCUGAUCCCGCCUUCAUUCAACGUGAAGCAAAGCGACAAGCUGCCCUUGCCGCUGAGCAGCUAAAGAAGAGCAUGGAAGAGGCCCGCCAGGUACCUGCUGGUGUGCCAACGUGGACGGGUCAAUAUGGCGAGGCAGGACGGCCUGAUGCCCCGAGGGGGUCCACAAGGGGUGGCAGAGGCGGAGGCCCGUCAUCGACUUCCAUCCUAUCCAACCUAGCAGCGCGUCAAGGCCGUCCCAAUCCUGCAUCCGCCACCCCCAACACCACAUCUGCAUCCUCGUCCCGCGCAUCUACUCCUUCAGCUACGACACCGCAGUCCUUCCGCGGCCGCCGUAUGCUCGAGAUGAUCCGCGACUUUAUGAUGACGCAUGGCGGCGUUGUGCCUUCACGCAUGCUGGUCGAUCAUUUCGAUCACUAUUGUCGUGCGCAGCCGGGCAGGAACGAAGAGUUCAAGGAGAUGCUGAAGCUCAUUGCGACGUUGGAGAAGAGUGGCAGUGCACAGAGGGGGCGGUGGGUGUUGAAGGAUGAGUGGAGGACGCCACGAGCAGCUGGGCGCGGAUGA